ACCGGGACUAAGGUGGGACGAGCCGACUGGAUGUAGUCGCUGUGUUUUUGCCAGAAGGAAACAAGGCCCACAUUUACCUGUUUAUAGCGAUUGGACAGCAGCUGCACGCGGGCUGUUUGUUUAUAAAUAACAGACUGUCGGAGGAUACUGAAAGCAGUUUGCAGAAGAAGGUGGAUUCUCCUCUCAGCCAUCUUGACUGCUCGCCGCCCUGAGGGCUGUUCUCUCCCCUCCUCUUCCUCCUCCUCCUCAGCUGAAAGUAAACACGGUUUGCACAUUGCUUGCAACUCCGUGCAGGUUCCCGAAAGAAGCGAGAUGGGCUCGCUGCAUAACAUCUAACCGGACCCGAGGCGAAAGCAGACGGCGGGGAGGGUUUGUUGGCACCAGAGCAGAAGAAGGGGGGGACACGACGCGCCGGAGGGAUGGACCUGUUUGGGGUUUACCUGCUCCUCUCGCUCGCUCUCCUGCCCCGGUCCAGCUGCACCACGGCCAAGGAGAUCACCUGCCAGGAGAUCGCCGUGCCCCUGUGUAAGGGGAUCGGCUACAACUACACCUACAUGCCCAACCAGUUCAACCACGACACGCAGGACGAGGCUGGACUGGAGGUGCACCAGUUCUGGCCUCUUGUUGAGAUCCAGUGUUCGCCGGACCUGAAGUUCUUCCUGUGCAGCAUGUACACGCCGAUCUGCCUGGACGACUAUAAAAAACCUCUGCCGCCGUGCCGGAGCGUGUGCGAGAGAGCCCGGGCGGGCUGCGCGCCCCUCAUGAGGCAGUACGGCUUCCCCUGGCCGGACCGGAUGAAGUGCGACCUGUUGCCGGUGCAGGGCAACCCCGACACCCUGUGCAUGGACUACAACAGAACGGACUCCACCACGGUGUCCCCCGUCCACUCCAAACCAACCAACCAGCCCGCGAAGGGUUACAAUCCCCCUAAAAAUAAGCCGAGCCGACCCGGCGCGCCUGGGAAGUACAAGCCGCCCACCACCCCGUGUGAGCCGGGGUGCAAGUGUUUGGAGCCCAUGGUGCAGGUGAACGCGGACCGCCACCCGCUCUACAACCGAGUCAAAACAGGACAGGUCACCAACUGUGCCAUGCCGUGCCACAACCCGUACUUUACGCACGACGAGAGAGCGUUCACCGCCUUUUGGAUAGGACUCUGGUCCGUGUUGUGCUUCGUGUCAACUUUCGCCACCGUGGCCACUUUCCUCAUCGACAUGGAGCGGUUCAAGUAUCCGGAGCGACCCAUCAUCUUCCUCUCGGCCUGUUACAUGUUUGUGUCCGUCGGUUACAUCGUCCGACUCAUCGCCGGCCACGAGAAAGUGGCGUGCCACCGGGAGUUCGAUCUGGAGCACAUCCACUACGAGACCACCGGCCCCGCGCUCUGCACCGUGGUCUUCCUCCUCAUUUACUUCUUCGGCAUGGCCAGCUCGAUCUGGUGGGUCAUCCUGUCUCUGACCUGGUUCCUCGCGGCGGGCAUGAAGUGGGGCAACGAGGCGAUCGCCAGCUACUCCCAGUACUUCCACUUGGCCGCGUGGCUCAUCCCAAGCAUGAAGUCCAUCGCAGUGCUGGCGCUGAGCUCCGUGGACGGGGACUCCGUGGCUGGCAUCUGCUACGUGGGGAACCAGAACUUGGACAACCUGCGGGGCUUCGUCCUGGCCCCUCUGGUGAUUUAUUUGUUCAUAGGUACUAUGUUCCUCCUGGCCGGGUUCGUGUCCCUGUUCAGGAUCCGCAGCGUCAUCAAGCAAGGCGGCACUAAGACGGACAAGCUGGAGAAGCUGAUGAUUCGGAUCGGGAUCUUCACGGUGCUCUACACGGUGCCGGCCACCAUCAUAGUCGCGUGUUACUUUUACGAGCAGCACAACCGGCAGAGCUGGGAGAUCACGCACAACUGCUCCAACUGCCUGUUGGAGCGGGACCGCAGCAGCCCGGACUACGCUGUCUUCAUGUUAAAGUACUUCAUGUGCCUUCUGGUGGGCAUCACGUCCGGGGUGUGGAUCUGGUCGGGGAAAACUUUGGACUCGUGGAGGACUUUUUGCACGCGGUGCUGCUGGGGCAGCAAAGGCACCGGCGGCUCCAUGUACAGCGACGUGAGCACCGGACUGACGUGGAGUUCGGGCACGGCCAGCUCCGUUUCUUGCCCCAAGCAGAUGCCAUUGUCCCAGGUUUGAAUGGGGAGGGAGAGGGAGGGGGUCAGCUUAUGAGAACUGCUAAUUGUUUGGGAGAUAACCCAUCACUCCCUGUCUUAAGCAAUUUGCAUCGUAAUGAACCACUGCCGAAGUGACCCCCCCCCCUAUCUGAACAGACAUACAUACCGCAGUGGAGAGAGAUGGCUGAAACAAUGUGACCUCGCGUGGGUUUCAUGGGACCGAGGUACACGCCGAGGAUUUUACGCAAAACUUUGGUACUAUUCGCUGAAAGACAAGUUUGCACCGAUAACCUGCCUCUCACUAAAAGCAUUUUUGGUCCUCAAUGCCAUUUUUUAUCUACACAGUGCCAAAUAACAUUGUAUCAUCCAAUCACAUCAAAGAUGGUUUAAAUUAAGCCUUAAUAGUGCCCUUGUGUUUUUCUUUUUUUUUUACGGGUAGUUCAUUUUUCUAAUUUUCAAAAAAUGUAUUUAUAUAAAAGUUCUGUAAGAAAGUAAAAUGAUGUACAUUUGUGUAUAAAAGAAAACUUUAUAAGCUAUUGUAAAUUUGUACAGUGUAGAUGUCUCUUUUUGUGAGAUAAGCAAAUAUGAGCUUUAUUUUGACAAUAAAACAAGUUUUUUGACAAAUCUCAACUUCCUGUGGACAAUUGCAGUGUUUUUUCUUUUAAUUUGGCUCAGUAGUUUGUCAUGGCUGUUUCUUUUUGUGGUGUCGUCACCUCGUUGACGGUGACAGCUUUUUGAAAGUCUCCCCCCCCCCUCUCUCAACCCCCUUUUAA